CCAAAUGGCUAAUCUCUCAAAUACCUCAAAAACUAUUAACAGUUAGAAAGUCACCGCUCCGCUCGGCGUUUGUUGCUAGGCAGAAUAUGCUAAUAUAUGCAAUGCGGCCAUCUCUGCAGCUACCAUUCUGAGACUCCUUCCUCCCUUUUAGUCUGCUCCCUGGUUACUCUUUAGUGGUUCAUGAGGAGGCUCUGCACUAGGUGUGGGAGGUGAUUUUGGGGUGUCCUCAAAAAGUUGCUAUGGAGGCAAAACAGGAAGCAUCCCCUGUGUGGAGUCAGGCCCCCAACAGUGAAGCCAGCAAUCCCCCACAGGUGCAUUUUGAAGGCGGUGCAGUGGCUCAAAUUGUGUACAGUGGAGAACAGCCUGACAGAGGGCAGCAGCAGGUUGUCUAUACUGCAGAUGGAAGCUCCUACACAUCAGUAGAGUCAGCAGAACACACACUGGUGUACAUACAUCCUGCAGAUGGAGCACAGGCUGUUUUUGCAGACCAGCCCCAAGUGGCCUACAUUCAGCAAGAUGGUACAACUCAGCAGGUUACAGUGUUGCUUCCAAGUGGCCAGAACAUGAAUGCUGCCAAUUUACAUGUGCUCAGUAAUGUAGCAGAUGCCCCUCAGGCUAUACUAGAGCCUGUGGCACAGGCUAGCGCUGUUCUCCCUGCCAUGACAGACCCUGCACCUAGUCCUCUGGGGGCCACAGACUCUACCGUGGACUCUGAGGAUGAGGAUGAGGAGGAUGAUGAUGAUGAUGACGAUAGAGAUGAUUCUGAACUGGAAGAUUGGGAACCUAGGCCACCUCAACCUUUCACCCCUCAACAUCUGUGGUGUGAGGAAUGUAACAAUGCCAACCCUGGUGCAUGCAUGAAACAUGGCCCUCUCCAUCCAAUCGCUAAUAGGCCUGUGAUGUCCAGAGCUCGAGCCAGCCUACCCCUCAUUCUGUACAUCGAUCAUUUCCUGGGAGGAGUCUUCUCCAAAAGGCGUAUUCCCAAACGCACUCAGUUUGGGCCUGUGGAGGGGCCUCUGGUGCCACAGAGUGAGCUGCAGGACGCACACUUACAGCUCAAAUUAUGUAUGUUGGACCCAGAAAAAGAUGGCGAGAGAGCAGAGGACUUGUGGCUGGACUUGUCUGAUGAGGAUCGCUGCAACUGGAUGAUGUUUGUUCGGCCAGCUGAGAACCACCUGGAGCAGAACCUGGUGGCCUAUCAAUAUGGCUCAGACAUCUUCUACACCACCAUAAAGAACAUUCAGCCAAAACAGGAGCUGAAGGUCUGGUAUGCUGCAUCUUAUGCAGAAUUUGUCAACAAAAAGAUUCAUGAUGUCACUGAGGAAGAGAGGAAGGCACUGCGAGAGCAGGAGAAGAACUGGCCAUGUUAUGAGUGUAAUAGGCGCUUCAUGAGCUCGGAGCAGCUCCAACAGCAUCUCAACAUGCACGAUGACAAGCUGGACCUCAUUCAAAGGCCAAAAGGACGAGGUCGAGGUCGUGGAAGGAAAAGAUUUGGUGCUGGAAGACGACCUGGACGUCGACCCAAAUUUAUCCGUCUAGAAACACCAGCAGAGAGCACAGAUAAGACCCAGGACAUACUGCCGUUUCCUGAUAAACUACCAUAUGAGGAACCAGCAGGCGGGACCCUGAAUGGGUUGAAAAUGGGUGAACUGGGAGACGAUGCUGUGGGGACUGUGACGGAGGGAACAGUAGAGACCCCGGCAGGCCAGCCUGAGGCUCUUCAGGAUGUGGAUAAUACUGACACCUCAACGACAACCUCUAGUGUUCCUCCACCUAAUAAGGAGGACCAGUGUGUAGUAGCUGCUGGUGAUUCCCAUCUCUCUCCACAGGACAUUAGGCGGGCCCGAAGGAUUCGGGUGGACUUGCAGAAUGCUGCUCUGCAGCACCUUUUUAUUAGGAAAUCCUUCCGGCCCUUCAAGUGCUCUCAGUGUGGGAAAGCCUUCCGUGAGAAGGACAAACUGGAUCAACACAUGCGUUACCAUGGCCGAGAUGGCUGCCGUCAUGCCUGCCAUCACUGUAACAAGGGUUUCCUCAGCAGCGCCGCUCUGGAGGACCACUUGCAGCUACAUUCAGAUCAGCGCACCUACUCCUGCUUGUUCUGCACUGAGUCUUACGACAGACUGGACCUGCUAAAAGAGCAUGUUGGGGUUCACCUAGUCAAUGGCUGCUUCUCUUGUCCCUCCUGCAAGAAGACCUUUACUGACUUUAUACAGGUAAAGAAGCAUGUACGCAGCUUUCACUCAGAGAAGAUCUUCCAGUGUACAGAAUGUGAUAAGGCUUUCUGCCGGCCAGACAAGCUGAGGCUGCACAUGCUUCGCCACUCUGACCGGAAAGACUUCCUGUGUUCCACCUGUGGCAAGCAGUUCAAGAGGAAGGAUAAACUGCGGGAACACAUGCAGCGCAUGCACAAUCCAGAGCGUGAGGCCAAGAAGGCUGACCGCAUCCACCGUACAAAAACUUUGAAGCAGAAGGAGCCCACCACCGACUUUGAGAGCUUCAUGUUCAAAUGCCGGCUUUGCAUGAUGGGUUUCAGGCGAAGAGGCAUGCUGGUAAAUCACCUAUCAAAGCGUCAUCCUGAAAUGCGAAUAGAUGAGGUCCCUGAGCUCACCUUGCCCAUCAUUAAGCCGAACAGAGAUUACUUCUGUCAGUACUGUGAUAAGGUGUAUAAGAGUGCAAGCAAGCGGAAAGCACACAUCCUAAAGAAUCACCCUGGUGCUGAAUUACCACCCAGCAUCCGAAAGCUUCGCCCGGCUGGGCCGGGUGAACCAGACCCCAUGUUAAGCACGCACACCCAACUAACAGGCACUAUUGCUACAGCACCUGUCUGCUGCCCACACUGCGCCAAGCAGUAUAGCAGCAAGACAAAGAUGGUGCAGCACAUUCGCAAAAAGCAUCCAGAAUAUGCACAGAUAGCCAACAGUAUCCAGGCUCCUCUGGCUACAACGGUCAUCAGUAGCACUCCAGCUGUUAUUACAACUGAUGGAGCAACUGCUGAAGCUGUAGUGACAACAGACCUGUUGACACAGGCUAUGACAGAGCUGUCUCAGACUUUGACUACAGACUACCGCACAGUGCAGGGAGACUUCCAGAGGAUCCAGUACAUUCCUGUGUCUCAGACUGGAGGAGGCUUGGCCCAACCCCAGCACAUUCAGCUGCAGGUGGUGCAGGUGGCUCCGGCAUCCUCUCCGCAGUCCCAGCACUCUACGGUGGAUAUGACUCAGCUGCAGGAUCCGCAUAGCUUCCCUCAGCACUCCAUCCAGGUGCAGCACAUCCAGGUUUCUGAGGCCACAGGGGCUGUACAGGCCAGUGCACAGGUGACUGGUCAGCCUUUAAGCCCUUCCUCUCAGCAAACGGCACAGGAGUUGAGCCCCGCUCAGCUGACCCCUGUGACUCUGGCCCAGAGCCAAACCCUACAGACAUCCACCAAUCAAACGCAAGGGACAGUGCAGCAUGCUUACUUGCCUAGCAAUUGGAACUACAGGAGUUAUCCUUCUGAGAUACAGAUGAUGACGCUGCCUCAUACUCAGUAUGUGUUAGCAGAGGCUAGCACGCCAGUCACUGCUGCUGUAAAUAGCAACCAGGUUAAAACGACUCACUAUGUGAUCUCAGAGGGGCAGGCUGAGCUGGACAGUAAACAAGUUAAUGCCCCACCCACCACCAGCCAGGUACACCCUGAUCCAUUGGAGCAGCCAUCCACCAAUCAACAGGCUACCACCCAGUACAUAAUCACCACAACAACUAAUGGAGCUGGUGCCAGCGAGGUUCAUAUUACUAAACCCUGAGCCUUGGUGCCUUUUAACAUACAUGCACACAAACACUGAAACUGUUAAUGCUAAAUCUGAUUACUCACUCUCUAACACCUGACUUGAGCUUGGUUGGUUUUGGGAUUAACUUUGGUCUGCAGAUUCUGAUGAACUGGUGAACAUUAAAUGGACAAAGAGAUUUAUGUUUGAUAUUUUCUUGGACUUUAAUAGAGUAAAAAUAAUUAUUGUAAAAUGAUGGAAACAACUUUAUAUCAUUAUUUUGAGAAGCAGUGGAAAAUGUAAAUGUAAUUAUGGCAACCCCCCAGGCCAAACCCAGCAUAAGCAUGAUCACUAACUGUUGCUCAUGGGCUUUUAAUUCCUGCUCAGCAUCUUUCAUCAUUUUAACUGUAAUUUGAUUCGUCAAUACUUUCUUGAACCCUUAAAGAAGUAAUUAGAGGCUUGUGUAGAGUUUGUUUCAUUUAGGUCUAUGCUCUUAAAAAAAUAAUUUUAUUCAAGGGUUCUUUAGUAAAAACAGUGGUUCUAUAUAGAACCAUGAGCACUCAAAGAACCAUUUGCAUGCUUAAAGGCUCUUUGCAUUGUGAAACUUUUUUUUUUUUUUUUUUUUUGAUGGAUGGAUUGGUGGAUUGAUGGAUAAUGUGCUGUAUAUAAGUCUAUUUACAACCUUUUUAAAAUGGAUUCUAAACAGUACCAAAAAGGUUUGUGAUAUUGUUACAAUGUUAAGCUUAUCACCAAAAAUGGUUCUUCCAUUGUUACAUGUAAAACCCUUUUCCGUAAGGUUCUCCAUAGAACCCUAUACAAUGUAUAUCAAUUAGAAGAAAUAUUUCCUGAUGUUAAGAGUCCUUUAAGUAUGCAAAUAGUUCUUUGAGUGUUCAUGUUUCCAUAUAGAACCAUUGUGCUUACUAAAGAACCCCUGAAGAACCAACUUUAAGAUUGUCAUUUAUAUAUGGGACUUCAUUGAAGAACCCAUCGAGUGUAUUUUUUUUUUUGCUUUUUAUAUACAGGAAUAUGGAAUUUUCCCAAAAUAAUACAGGUCCAAUUCUGUGAAUUUUUCAUAUCAUUUGAAUUCAUUUUGAGGAGUUAACGUUUUAACUUGACGCUAAUGAGUGUUAAAACUAACAUUACUUAUAGUGACGAAAACUGGUUUCAUUAUAGUGUUAUUAGUCAGUUGACUAAUGGUUUGUUAUUGCAGACAACUCUCCAGCUGGUCUGGAAUUGAGCUACAUUAGCACAGUCACAGACCAAACUUGAGUUUGAAAUUGAACCUUGAAAAUGAAUAGGACAAAAAAAUUCUCAGUCUUUGAGAAUAUUUUUAGCAUCCUCCUUGAAAAGUGUCCUAUUUUGUCGUUUUAUGGUUUUUGGGGGUUGUGGAUCUGUUUAUUUGUACAGUACUGUGUUUGUCUCUCAAACAUGUACUAAUGAUCAUACUGUUUAUCUAAUUCUGCUGCCUUCUCAGUUCAUGGACAUUUGGUAUUUAUUAGGGACAUACACUUCAGCUACUGGUCAGCUGAACCUGUGUUAUACUUUUAGAAAAGAUGGAGCUAUAGAGGAUCUUUAGUAAAAAAAAUUGGUUCUACAUAGAACCAUGAACACUCAAAGAACCAUGUAGAACCAUGUUUUUUCUUUACUUAAGAAUCCUUGACGCACCACCUUUCGUAAGAGUGUACCUUAAAAGGGAAAACAAAAGUCACUAUUUAUACAAUGGGAGGCCUGUACAAUGUUAAAAAAAGAGUAGCUGUAUUAUUCUGAUAUUAUUAGCCUGAUGGCUGAGUUUACAGUGUGUGUACAGUAAGAACCUUGUGUGUCCUGAUGUCAGUAGUGUUGGGAGAAAAUAAACUCCUUUUUUUUUCUACACUUGUUUAGUCAGGCUGCUGGGUGGAGUUCUUUCUAAUUAGUGAAAAGUUCCUGUAUAAUAAAAAUAUAAGAAAUUUAAAGGGGGAAAAGUACUUCAGGCACUAAUAGACUGGCCAUUCCAGAGCUCCAAGCUUAACUUUGGAGAUGUGGAAAAACGUCCCUGUUGGUUUCUUUUUGAAAAAAACCCAGAAAGGAAGCCUGAUUAAAAAAAAAGGAAGCUGUAAUAAAGUCAAAUGGUUGACAUAUUAAAUACUGGAAAUUUUGAUAUCACUA